AUGUCAUUGUCUAUGCCUGGUCCCUCCCAAGGGGGACUUUUCAAGCCUGGGUAUCAGAGUCACGAUGCCGAAGAUGGAGCCGUCAUCCGCAACAUCGAGGCCUGCCAGGCCAUUUCCAAGACCGUCCAAACGUCGCUCGGUCCCUACGGCCGCAACAAGAUCGUCAUCAACCACCUGCAGAAAAUGAUCCUUACAUCGGAUGCUGCCAGCAUUCUGCGCGAGCUGGAUGUCGUGCACCCCGCUGCCAAGUUACUGGUUAUGGCGAGUCAACAGCAGGAUGCGGAGAUGGGCGAUGGAACCAACAUGGUCAUUGUCCUGGCGGGAGAGUUGUUGAAGAAGGCCGAGGAGGUUCUGCGCUUGGGCUUGAAGACGAGUGAUAUUGUGCAGGGUUACGAGAAGGCACAGAAUUUUGCGUUGAAGACACUAGAGGAACUCGAGGUCGACCGUCUUCAAGACCUUCGCUCGCAAGAGGAGCUGACCAAGGCCCUCCGUACCGUUGUCGCCAGCAAGCAGUCCGGAACCGAAGAUAUUUUGGCCUCAUUGGUCGCCGAAGCCGUCCUCUCCGUUUUGCCCAAGAACCCCGUCAACUUUAACGUCGAUAAUGUCCGAGUCGUUAAGAUUAUGGGUGGUAGCUUAGAACACUCUCGUGUGAUUAAGGGUAUGGUCUUUGGUCGGGAACCCGAUGGUAUCGUCAAGAAGGCCACCAAGGCCAAGGUCGGCGUUUUCAGCUGCCCUAUCGAUGUCUCUCAGACCGAGACCAAGGGAACUGUGCUCUUGAAGAAUGCCGAGGAGAUGAUGAACUACAGUAAGGGUGAGGAGGAACGCCUCGAGUCUGCUAUUAAGGAACUGCAUGACUCGGGUCUUCGCGUUGUCGUUGCCGGUGCGAACGUUGGCGACUUGGCUAUGCACUACCUUAACCGAUUUAACAUCCUCGUCGUCAAGGUUCUGUCCAAGUUUGAGCUCCGUCGGCUGUGCCGUGUCGUCGGUGCCACACCUCUUGCUCGUCUGGGUGCCCCGAUGCCUGACGAGAUGGGUGCUGUUGACGUUGUUGAGACCGCUGAGAUUGGUGGGGACCGCGUCACCGUCUUCCGUCAGGAGGAUGUGAACUCCCCUACCCGUACCGCCACCAUCGUCCUCCGUGGUGCCACUCAAAACCACCUGGAAGACGUUGAGCGUGCUAUCGACGACGGUGUCAACGUUGUCAAGGCUAUUACCAAGGAUCCCCGUCUUGUUCCUGGCGCAGGCGCUACUGAAAUCCAGCUCGUCGAGAGAAUCUCCGCAUUUGCAGACAAGACCCCGGGUCUGCCCCAACACGCCAUCCGGAAGUUCGCCGAGGCCUUUGAAGUGAUCCCUCGCACUCUCGCAGAGUCUGGCGGUCUGGACGCCACCGAGGUUCUCUCCCGUCUCUACACUGCACACCAGAGCAAGGGUUCUUCGGAGGAGCCUUACUGGACUACGGGUGUUGACUUGGAGCACGGCUCUUCAGAGGGUACUCUGGACGCCGUCGACGAGGGCAUCCUCGACCUGCUGGCUUCUAAGAGCUGGGCUAUCCGACUCGCCAGUGAGGCGGCCCGGACAGUGCUCAGUGUUGACCAGAUUAUCGUGGCCCGGCAGGCCGGUGGGCCUAAGCCGCCAGGCCCCAAUCCGAACUGGGAUGAAGACUAA